AUGGUCAGAAUCAAAUUCACCGGGCCGGCUGCGGUCCAACCUGUGCAGGUCCAGAAGACCGUGCCGAAGAGUGCAUCUUCGGUCCAGGCUAAGAACCGGACUGAAUUCCAACGGCCCACAGAACUAACUAACCAGGAGAGUCUAUCGCUGAAGCAGCAGCAGAGUUUGGAGAUGGUCCAAAUCAUGUUACAUGUCUCGGUUGGCGGAUGGGCUCUCCACGUUCUUUGCGCAAAAUUCCUUAUCGGACAUCUUAGGGAGUUCCUACCGUUACCUUGCUUCGAGGAUCGGGAUUUGAAAGAAGCUCAGAAGGAACACAAGCUUUCCUAUCGGGAGUUCAUAGACAAACCAUCCCAUCCCGAGGAUUCACAGAGCAGUUCAACAGCCCCGUUCGGCAGCGGAAGAAGAGGCCAGCCCCUGAAGGUCAUCGUUCGUGGGGCCGAUUCCAAGGCUGACAUGAUAUUAAACGCUUUGGAAACUGGUAUAUUCGAUGCUUUACGCAGGAACGUGCUCGAAGCCAUCCAAUUGACUAUCCUGGUCGACAAAGAUGCCCCAGAGAAUGUACUCGAAUCAUACACAUUUUCGUUCAAGUACACGGGAGUGUCGGGAAAUAUGAACACCUGCCUUCAGAGCCUAACAAUUGAUCCUGUUGGAUGCACUGCGGAUAUGAAAUCUGCGCAAACAGCCAGAGUUGGCUUGGAAACGAUCGUCCGACGGCUGAUCACACUCAGUGCCUUUCUUCCAGUCCUUCCAAACAAACGAAAUCUUGGCAUACACCUGUUCUACACGGAUGACUGCCCUCCUGAUUACGAACCCCCAGGCUUCUCCGCCGCUAAAAGUGAUACCAUUAAAUACCCUUUUGAUGCAAACUGGAGGAAGGAAUCUCAGUCGUGUGGUUUCAUGGACAGCGGAUGGCAUACUGUUGGGCUUAGAGUAACCUCUCUAAAAUGGACUGGCCCAGAGUGCGAGGGUUCGGAAGCUCCACCGAGGAUCCCUGCCCAACUGAAAUACAGCGAUGUUGUGAGAAGAGCGGAUGAUAUCGAAUGUCCUGAUGCAAUUGAAGCAUUGGCUGCCACUGGUGACGCGCCGUUGGGUCGCCAAAUGUCGGCAGGCAGCUUUCAAGGCACGAGCCAAGAUCUCCGAAUCUUGGAGAGACUGAAGAGCAUGCUCGGGCAUAGUUAUUCUGCGGAUAGUGACUAUGUUCCUACGCAGCCGAUGAACCACGAGGCGACACUCGGACAGCCAAAUUUCGUGGCCCUAGAGAAAGGCGAGAAAUUUGUUCUCAACGAGAGGAAAGCGAGGGAAAUCAAGGAACAUCUCCAUUCGCAGAUGCCUUUACCUAACAAUGUUGAGCUCCAAAACGUGGAGGCAAUCAAAUGCCAGUGCGGUUGGAACGGACAAGAAGCGGCUAUGAUUGAAUGCGGCUUUUGUCAUACUCGCCAGCAUCUUCUGUGCUACGGAUUCAGAGAUGCCACUGACCCUCGGAUACCAAAAACCCAUGCUUGUUAUCAAUGCCUACUUGAGCCAAAUGAGCCACACCUUCUCUCGGAAAUGACUACACUGGUCCUAUUGAGAAGAGCCCUGAAGAUAAUUGUUGAUGAGGGCUACCCGAAGAAAACUUCUUUGUUCACGCAGAAGCUCCACUGCAAUGGGCGAACUACAGUCCAAAUAACUGAUCUUCUAAAGAAACGGGGUUUCAUACGGCCGACGCCGGGCUACAAAGCCAAGGGGUUUGUCCGCAAGGGAUUGCCUAAGUUCGGCCUUGUUCCGUCGGAUGAUGUCUACCGCAGAAUGGAGAGAGAGAUUUUUGAACCCAUGCUGAAGAUACACAACCAUUACACACGACAGGCCGCGGAUGUUACUCCUGAAGGCCCGGGCAUGAUCAUCAGCUAUGAGCACGGUUCCUUCGAAAAGCCUGGAUCUCAUGCCAGUACAAUACCUGCCGAGAGUGACAAGGCCGCUACUGCGGACGGUGAACCAGAGAAGCUGGGAGAUAGGGAGAGACUUAAGAGAAAGGGAGAGCCUCUGGAAGGGAAUGGGGACGAAAGCAACCAGCUCGAUGACCUGGACAAGGCGUUACAAAAAAGUGCUGCGUUGGCAAGCGGAGCUUCAGACGAAAAGACAUCGGUCCCGACAGAAGUGGGCGAGAGUGACAGAAAACGACGGAAGAUUAGCAAUUACCCUGAUCCAAUUGACGUUGGGGCCGAAACGACCGACAACGAGAGUAUGUGCGUCUGA